AUGCGCUGGGCACUCUCGACGCUCCGCCUCUUGGGCUUCAGUCUGCUCUGCCUCGCCGGCACAGCCGCUCAUACCUGGCAGGUGCCCCUGUUCUCCUCUGCGCCGCCCGCACGCGAGCCCUGGUCGCCGGCGCUCUCCUUUGCCGUCGCCUACUACCCCACCCAAUGGGCCCCCUCGCAGUGGGCCUCGGACGCGCGGCGCAUGGCCGCCGCCGGCAUCCGCUUCGUGCGCCUCGCCGAGUUUGACUGGGCGCUUCUCGAGCCUCGUGCCGGGACGUUCAACUUCAGCACGCUCGAUGCGGCGCUGCACGUGCUCGACUCGCAUGGCCUGCAGGUCAUUCUCGGCACGCCCACGGCGACGCCGCCGCGAUGGGCGGUGAGAGAGUAUGAUAUACUCGGCGCCGAUGCCGACGGCAAGCCGCGACGAUGGGGCAGUAGACGCAGCUACUCGUUCAGCGCGCCCGACUAUCGCAUGCUCAGCGAGCGGAUCACCAACAAGCUGGCACAGAGGUAUGGACAGGAUCGAAGGGUCGUGGCGUGGCAGCUCGACAAUGAAUUCGGCUGCCACAACACAGUGCGCACCUUCGACGCGCAUGCCGCCGCUGCGUUUCGCGCAUGGUUGCGCACCAAGUACGGCAGUCUGUCGGCGCUCAACGAGAAGCAAGGGCGCGUCUUUUGGUCUUCGCAGUUCGAGCAGUGGGCAGAUGUGUCGCCGCCCACGCAUGAAGUCACCGAGAGCAACCCGGCUCAUAGAUUGGACUGGUUCGCGUUCUCCUCGCAUCAAGUGGCGGCAUUCGCAAAGGGACAGGUGGAUGUGAUUCGCAAGCAUGCUCGUCAGCCAAUCACCACCAACGUCUUCGGCAGUUUUGAGUUCGACCAUCAUGCCUUUGCGCAAGAGACGGGUCUAGAUUUCGCAACGUGGGACAGCUAUCCGCUAGGCUACACCGAAUCCACACCCUGGGUGGCCGAGACGGACAAGAGGGCAUUUGCGCGCACCGGCAGACCUGAUGCGCAGUCCUUGCAUCACGCUAUCUACCGAGGCGUCGCGGGUGCGGCGCAUGGAGUGGCAAGAGGCGAAUGGGGCGUGAUGGAGCAGCAACCUGGACCGGUCAAUUGGGCAUCGCAUAACCCCUCGCCAGCGCCAGGCAUGGUCCGUCUCUGGCUGCACGAGAUCUUCGCACACGGAGGCUCGCUCGCAAACAUCUUUCGCUGGCGGCAGGUGCCGUACGGCCAGGAGCAGAUGCACGCUGCGAUGCUCCGUCCCGACAGCGUCGAGGAUGUGGCGUGGCACGAGCAGCAACGGACGCGCGAGGAUCUGCUCCUCUUGCGCCAAGCUGGCCUUGUGCGCGGCCAAGGCGCAGAGCUGCAGUGGAGCGCUGCGCCUCGGCCUGCAAAGGUGGCGCUCGUGCUCGACUAUACUGCCGGCUUCGUGCUCGAGGCAAGUCCGCAAGGCGGCGUCUGGCAGACCGAGACGUUUCACGGGUAUGACUUCCAGCUGCCCGAGCUGCUGACCGAGUGGUACUCGGCGCUGCGGCGUCUGGCGCUCGACGUCGACGUCAUCUCUCCCGCGACGUCGCUGCAGAAUUACUCUCUCGUCGUCGUGCCGACGAUGCCGAAAGUGUCGCACGCCUUCGAGGCGCAGCUGGCCGCGUUCAAAGGACACGUCAUCUUUGGGCCGCGCUCGGCCUCCAAGGUCGACACGCUCUCGCUGCCGCACGACAUGCCGCCGGCGCAGGGAGGCGUGCGGAGCAGACUGCCCAUGAAGGUGGUGCGCGUCGAGAGUCUGCGCAAGGGCCUCGGCGAUCAAGUGGCCAUUGCGGGCGGGCAGGACGCCUCGGACGUAGACGUGUGGUCGGAAUGGCUGGAGUGUGAAAGGGACGGAGAGAAGGCAAACCAGGAGGCGCCAGCACGAUACAUUGGAUAUCGCAAUGGCAGUGCAGCGGCGUGCGAGCAUGUCGUCAAUGGCAGCCGCACCACCUAUCUAGGCUGGUACGCGCGCUCCACCCCGCUGCUGCCUCUCUUCGCCUCCGCCGCACGCGCCCUCAACAUCUCCACGCUCCUCGCGCGCCCCGUCGACGCCGCCGCCGAUCUCGGCGCCCACGUGCGUCUGGCGCGCCGCGGCGACGUCGUGUAUGCGUUCAACUACGCCAUGCAGGCGCAGCGCCUGCCGCACAUGCCCAAAAGCGCCACGCUCGUCGUGGGCAACAGCAGCGAGACCAUCGAGGCUGCGGGCGUGAGCGUGUGGCAUUUGCCUUGA